ACCAUAGCGACGUAGUAGAGAAAAACCAAAAUGGCGGAUGGCUGUUGAACGGCGAAAUAUGGCAAAGAAAACAGCGUCAGAGAAGGCUGAUAAAAUAGAAAAACCUGAUAAAGGAAGUACUUCUGGCGAUAAAGGAGCAGGAGAUAAAACGCCGGUGGAAAAUGAAGAACAACCCGUCGAACUUGAGCCUUACACUCCAACAGGGAACUUUGAGGUGGACUUCUGUGAAUUAUGUUCAAGAGCAGGUUUUCCAACAAUGCAAGUUGUGCCACGGCCUCAUCGUCCACCAACACCUAAUGUCAUACCCCAAGACAACACCCCUGUAGGAAAACCGGAUAAAAAAGAUGAAAAGAAAGAUGAAAGCAGUAAAACAGAAGAAACAGGGAUAGUUGAUGGAAAUGAAAAUGAAGAACCACCAACAACAUUUAAUGUGAAGGAAAAAUACCAUUACUUCAAACCUAGAGUGGAGGUUGAAACUGAAGAGGAGGGGAAUAAGUCACAUAUCAAGGAGAUUUACAUUCGAGGUUGGAAAAUAGAUGACAGAAUCUUAAAUGUUUUGACUGUUACUUUACCACCACUGGAAAAGUUGACCACAAUUGAUUUCUGGAACACUGGCCUUCAGGAUAAUGGUUUGAACACUUUAGCUACUCAUAUUAUCACCCAUCUUCCCAGUCUCAGAACAUUGUGUCUGGACAACAAUCCCGUAACACUUCAAAGAUAUGGAAUCUUCCUUGGUGAAGAAAGCACAGUACAGAACUUGUCCUUGAGGAACUGUUAUGUCAAUGAUAUGGGGGCGAAGAUGAUUGGGAGAGCAUUGACAGCCAACAAGUCACUGACAACCUUGAACUUAUGCUAUAACAAAAUAAGUUGUGAAGGAGCCUCCUGGAUAGCAAAGGGAUUAAGAAUGAACAGAACACUGCUGUCUCUUAAUCUUGGAAGCAAUCUUAUUAGUGACAAUGGAGCCUCUAAACUAGCAGAGGUGCUUUCAAGCUUUGCUCUCACUCAUGAGGAAGUUGUGGCAAGGAGACUUCUCAUCUCUAAAAAAUCUCCUGAAGAAGCAGGUAGUCCUUCCAGAAAUUUGAAUGCUCCAACUGGUGGUUCAAAGGACAGGCCAGCCAGUGUUCGCAGUGGGAUACCAAAAAACAAGAAACGGAAAAGGCGAAGAAAAUUGCCUCUACUGAAACCGUCAACAAGGGUGUUGGUAAAGGGAAAAAAGUUAACACAACCAAAGGCGAUAAGAAAGUGCAGCAACCUGAACAAGAGCAACCGGAAGUUGUAGAGUUCCCUAAUCCACUCCUGGAAAACCCCAUCAAGGAAGAGAGUGGUGAAAUUAUUAUCCCUGGAAACAGAGCUCUUAUUAACUUGAACUUAUCGCGGAAUAAAUGCGGUGAAAUCGGAGUGGAGGCUUUUCUUAUUUCUGUACAAAGACAAGCAGAAGUGACGUCCUCAGUUGGAAAACCAACAGGACUUAUGAGGCUAUCACUCAGUAGAAACCUUUUCCCUCCAGAAAACGGUUCUUAUCAAAGAUUGAUGGAAUUAAUGCAGACUCGCGAUCCAUUUUACAAGCCUCCUCAGCCGAGCCCUGUGGAUGAAACUGGCGCUUCCACAAAGGACGAGCCGUGACGAGAACAGAAGAAAGUGUUAGGACCAAAAGACAUUCAGUUCUUCAGCUAAGAUAAAUUUAAUUAAGAGGCCAAUUUCGUUUAGGACACUUGCCUCACCGAUAGACUAAGCCAAGUAAGAAUUUAUGGCGUGCUUCAUUGAAUGUGUUUUGAAUCAACUUUUUUUUUCCAACGAUCAUCGCAUGCCCUUUCCAUUGCUCUUGAAUAAAGUCAUUGUAUUUUACUGUAAAUAAAAUAUUCGUUAAACUA